AUGCCAGAACUUGAGCCGAUACUCGCCGCCCAACUUGGGACCGCGCUCCUAGUGGCCAUUGGCCAGCAGAUCACCAAGACGCAAUGCGAAAAGAUAGCCUACUACAUGAAUAUCGGAUACGGGCGACAAACAGAUCUGGCCGAGAUCAAAGGCCUGCUCCAGGCAAUGAAUCGAGAAGCUGCCAAUCUGGUCUCGCGGGCAGUAGAGAAUAUCACCUCGUCGCAGGGUUUCAGCUCAACACAGGCUACCUUGGUCGACGAGGCUGGCGACUCGGACGACACAGAUCCUGAUGACAGGCCUCUCAGUCGAAAGCGGAAACCACCUACCUCGUCCAAGUCUGCCGGUAAACGACGGUGCGAUCGAACGACGCCCUCCGACGACACAUCAGACAACCAUCCCCAGCCUGCAUGGCCUCGACAUCGUAUUAGUGUCGAAAUUCCUCCACCGGAGAACUCCUCGCCCGAAAGCUCCCCCAUAUUGCCACCCUUGUUGCCCUCUCAGCGAUAUCGCAACACAACAGGAGGAGUUGGCCGAAGUAGACCAACAAACACCCGUGCUGAGCGAGACAGGACUCCAACCAUCGCUAGCUCUUCGACCUCCAGUCGCGCGCUUUCGGGAAACGGGGGUACCUACCAGUCUGGAAUUCCCGGACUUGGAAAUGGGGAAACAGUGACACGUUCACUGCUACCCAGCAGCAGUGAAGCCCAAAUUACAGCUGCUCCGGGGACUGAACGCCGUCUUGGAAAGAUGGCCAAAAAGAACGGUAUGGUUGGCUAUGAGCAUGAGCACAACCUCGGCCGAUCUGAGAUGAGACCGACCAACUCCGCCACUGACAGCUACGAGCCCCUCUUCAUAUCGCAACGUAGGAUUGACGAAGGGCGUCGAAUGGUGUUUGACAGCACCAGUCUGGACGACCUAGAUCAGAGUGGGAGUGGACAUAUGCUGUCUCCGUGUUCCAUGAGAGGUCGUACUGCACCUAGAUCAGGCUCUGCGAGUGUGGAUGACUAUCUAAAUGAUGCAGCUGCUGCGCAACAAUUGAGACGAGAAGCAAACAGCCAGCAUGACCGAGCAGGCCUAGCAAUGGGUAGAGCCGCAAUCUCUACACAGUCCAGGCAUGGCUCACGACACCACCCCGUGGUAGUAAACUCCGAUAGCGACACUGAGCAGCAGACACCACCACGGAAACGCUCCCAGGCUGACAGACCUGUCGCCCGCGAAGGAAAUCUGAAUAAGAAGAAGAAGAAGAAGAAGGACAAGCAGCCAAGACAGCGAGAGGUGGUUUCUGGGGAGGCAUCGAAUGCGUCUCGAGGAGAAGAGGACAACUCGUCGUCGCAGUCGACGCAGAACUCGAACCAGAUGCCUCCAUCGACAACUGCCACGGGGCAAGGAGAAGAAGAUCGUGCGCGAAGUCCAACCGCAAAGAAGCGAAGGCACGGCAAAAUCAAAAAAGAGAAGGAGAGCAGCCCUGCCGAAUGCCACGCCUUGACUGAGGGAAAGCAGGAGUCCGAGGUAAAGAUCAAGAAGGAAAAGAAGGAAAAGAAGGAAAAGAAGGAAAAGAAGGAAAAGAAGGAACGGAGAGCGGCGAAGAAGCUAAAGCGGCUCGCUGGCAGCAGCACUGGAUUGGAUCCCACUCCCUUUCCAACUCCGCCCAAUUCGUCGCAAGCCUCAAUGAUAAAUGAACUGCCUCCCUCCGCUCAGCCGGAGCAAUCGGCCGACUACGCCGUCACGGCUCGCCAGAAAGCACAGUUCCAUGGCGCCCUCCGGCGGGACCAAGAGGUACGCUCGUCCGCUCCCGCCCCGGCUUUCAUGACCAGGCAACUCGGCCUCACGGAACGAUCCAGUGGCUGUGGCGACGAGCUUGCAAUGGAUUCCACCUUCGAUGACGGUCUUCCCGAGGGAGCAAAUGGAGAGCCUCUGGUUGAAGCUGAACACUCGCUGACUUCUCCGCACAACAGGCAUAACCUCCUCACAUCAAGCACUCGACUUCAACGUCCACCUCCAACUCAACCGGGCUUCAUGCCGCAGCUCCAUCGUCCUUGGCCACGUCAGCAUGGGAACGGAAAUCCACUGGUACUCCAGCCACCAGGGAUCGACAACAUCCUUGGAACCAUCGCCCCCUUUCGUGCAGAGGGACAGACGUUCAACGAGCGCAUGAUCGCCAGCCGAAAACAAUGGUCGUCCAAAAGCCAAGUACGGAAGGGAAAGACAUGUCUGCCGCAACCGCAACUGCAAGCACACUCAAGGCCGCUGUCUCCUCGGACCAUCAAGCAAGGCGCCUAUCGACCGACUCAGGGCUUCUCUCAAGGUCCAUCCCAGACGCAGGCGCGGCUGCCAGCCUCUAUCCCGCGCUGGCGAAGACCCUCGUGGUCACGCCACUCGCGCAGCCCGUCUGGCGAAUCCACCUACGACUUAUGGGGACUGUUCCGCAUGCGCACCACCUGGGAUGACGAUGAAAAUACUAUAGUGGAUUGUGACUCUGACCUGGAGAUUGUGGGCGUGCCGCGGCCGACGGGUUGGGAUGACUCCCCCGCGGGAUCGUCCCAAGCAAAGCCAUGA